CAGAAACUCACGCAGCAUUUUAUGCAGCCAUCAGUAUUAAAAAAUGGCUGAGAAAUGGGACCACCGUGACUUUCCGGCCUGUGACGACGGUGGUAGUCCAAAUAGAGAUCAUCAAAACUCCUUUUCCGGCAAGUUCCCCGAGGGUUUGCGUGUGUUAGUCUUUGAUGAAGAUCCCCAAUAUUUAUCUUUAUUGGAGAAACAUCUCCAAGAGUUUCAAUACAGAGUGACUAGAUGCAACGAAGAGGAGAGAGCUGUGUAUUUGCUCCGCAACCAUACGAAUAGGUUCGACAUUGCUAUUAUAGAAGCAGAAAAUUCAAACGGCGAUAGAUUCCGACUAAUCUCGGAAAUUGGAUCGGAAAUGGAUCUUCCAAUCAUUAUAAUGUCUAAAGACGAUUCAGUAGAAUCGGUGAUCAACUGGAUGAGGAACGGUGUUUGCGACUAUCUUAUAAAGCCGAUACGACCUGAAGAUCUACGUUUGAUAUUCAAACACGUGGUCAAGAAGAUACAAGUGAGGAGGAGUGUGGCGGUGGCCGGAGAGGCGGCAGAAGAGAACGCAGCAGGCGAGAAUUCAUCCUCUGUGGGAGAUUCCACCAUAAGAAACCCUAACAAGAGAAAAAGAGGCAUUUUCCUUGAUGGACAAGUCAACGAGGAGGAUCAUGAUCGUGAUCGUGAUUCCACCACCAAAAAAAGGCGAGUCGUGUGGGACGAAAAGCUUCACAACAAGUUUAUCGAGGCAGUGCAAUACCUUGGCAAUAACGAGAAAGCUGUUCCGAAGAAAAUUUUAGAGAGGAUGAAUGUUGAUGGCAUCACUCGAGAAAACGUAGCCAGCCAUCUCCAGAAAUAUCGGUUGAAUAUGAAGAAGCUGAACGAUCAAAACGAAGGAGUGGAGAGGAACCGAGUUUUAAUAACUCCGCAAGAAAGAGGAAUGUAUGGUGGAGAAGGAGCAACCGAAUUCUACAGAGGAAGAAAUGUCCAAUUCCCAACACAUCAUAUGAACAACAUUCCUCAACUUUCUUCUGUGCAGCAGCAAAGCACAAGCCCUAAUCUCAUGACACAGCUCAUAUCACCUCUCGGACAUCGUCAUCUUGAUGACGUCUCUGUCGUACUUUCCGGUAGAAACCUAGUGAUGACUCACCAACAUCAUCAUCACCACCACCAUCAAACCUCAGAUUAUGCAUGCAAUGGUGAAAAGAGCCCGACUUAUAAUGAUGACGAGCUUGGGUUUUCAAGUUUGACUUCCUUGUUCACGCAAAACUCAGAAGAUAUGAGUUUGUUUCAUCUCCAAGACCCGGUGAUGCUUCCCAACGAUAAUCAAUUGUCUGCCAAUCCACAACUGAUGAUGAACGUUCAUGACACUCAUGAACCAUCGAUGUUGCAUAUACCUUCGUUUCCUUCAUCUUUCACACAUAGUUCCUUUAUUGAUCAGAAAGAUACCAUCAAAAUGGUGGAUGUAAGUGGGGGAUUCAGCUACAACAAUAGUUACUCUGUGGACAGCAACAUGCUAACUUAACCGUUGAGAUCAGGUUUCUUGAGGAUUAAUCCUAAUCCGGGAUCUGCAAGAAAGGAUCAGGAUGGGUCAAGAUCGAGGCUAAGUAUGAAAACCGUAGACAAGUAGAGAGAUGAAGUCCGACCAUGUAGGUUAAUGUUGAUAUUGUCAUUUAAUUCUAAGGUUUAGGAUUUAUGGUUUAAUUUCUAGACAACGCUUUCUCUUCUCUCUCUUUUGUAUAUUCUUGUGUUAGC